AUGACUGUUAAAAUCCCUGUUGGUCUUGUAGGUUUCGGCACGGGCUCAAGCGUCUUUCAUGCACCUUUGCUCCUUAGCUCGGGUCAGUUCGAGCUCACACACGUGCUGGAACGUUCGACUUGCAAAAGUCUAGUGCUAGUACCCGCUCCCAAGAUCGUGCGCUCCAUGGCAGAACUACUGAACACUGACGUGCAACUCGUGGUCAUUUCCACCCCGACGACAGUACACUUUGAACAGGCCAAGCAGGCAAUGGAGGCGAAACGUCACGUGGUCGUUGACAAACCGCUAUGUGUCACGACACAACAGGCCGAGGAACUCUGCAGCAUUGCCAAAGAUAAUGACGUGGUCUUUUCCGUCUUCCAGAACCGUCGAUUUGACAGUGACUUUCUUACGGUGAGGAGCUUGAUCGAGGCCGGCACACUUGGCCAAGUGUGCAAGUUUGAGGCUCAUUACGACCGUUAUCGUCCGAUCAUGAAGGGCUACUGGAAGGAGAAGGCUGGACUCUGUGGUGGAGUAUUGUACGACCUAGGAGCCCAUCAGACGGACCAGGCACUACAGCUCUUCGGCCAGCCCGAUUUGGUCGAGGCUGAUGUCCAGAUCCAACGCGAAGGUGCGGAGAACGACGAUUACUUCCGUCUCGAGCUAAAAUACGACAAGUUCCCGGAGCGGAAGGUGAUUCUGAGCGCCGGUAUGCUAAUGAAAAACCCUGGCCCGAAGUACAUGAUUGUGGGCACGCAAGGAACCUUUGUGAAGUAUGGAGAGGAUGGACAGGAGAAGGCUCUGCGUGCGGGCAAGCGUCCUGGCGACGAAGGUUGGGGUCAGGAACCCGAAAGCUCGUUUGGCAAGUUCACGGACGCUGUUACGGGCAAGACCCGCGUCAUUCCCAGCAAGCGCGGCUCGUACGAGGUAUACUACAAAAACAUUGCGGCUGCUAUUCGUGGAGAGGAAAAGCUCACGGUGAACCCGAAAGAAGAGGUGAUUGAGCAAAUACGUAUUAUCGAAAACGCGAAGAAGACCGAGCGCGUCAAUCGCAUCACUGUUUGA